AUGAACGACCCCUCCAAUCCUUUGAGCCAGUCAAUUCUGACCCUCGGCUCCUCCGUAUCCAACAUGACCGAUGCACUCGACACAUCGACCGCCAGUCUUAUAAAUCUCUUGAAGCAUCUUCGUAGUACAUGGAAAGAGCUCUUGGAUCAUACGUUUGAAAACGGCGAAGUAGCUUAUAUAGUUCCUAAAAUAUUCAUUGACAAUUUAUUCUCUCUUGAGGCCGACAACUUGACUUCUCUCAAAGACCAGGUUGGUAGUAUUGACUUCGCUGGUAUUCUCAAUCGAGAUGGAAAUAUGUAUCGGGCUGACGAGGAAUCGGUCGAGGUGACGCCGAUAUCUGCGAAGGCCUUCAAGACGUUGAAGAGCGAGUUUGGCUGUAAAAACUUGCCCGUCACGAGAGUCAUGUGUCAACUGGACGACGGUCUGAUCCAGAUCGAAAGGUUUCCCCCAGUGUUCAUCAUUCACACAUUGCCUAAAGCUUCUCAUCAAACCCGCUACGGUGGCUUCAACGACAGACUAGGGUCAACACAUAAUAUCCAGUCUGUGACUGUUUCACAGCUGUGUACGUUCCAGGACUUGGUCGAGGCGAUCCGUCAGACAUUGUACAAGGAUGGCCGCACCAAGAUCCGUGCGUGGUUCAUCACUGCCGAAGACGUCGAGAGCAUUCCCGCGUCGUUGACGGUGGCGCUGUUUGUCAACUCCACGUAUACUAAGAAACUAGUGAAGCCCGACAUGUUCAAUGAUACGCUACAAAUGCAUGAACUUGGCGCCUCGCGCGUGCAUGUGGUGGCUGAACCAACAGACGUGACCUCCAAGACUUUUGUCAUUGAUGCGUACUUGAGCUCACUCAACCCCUCUGCAUACGACUCUUCCAAGAUUCUAGAGAGCGGAGGCCACCUUGGUUUGUCCAAUCUUGGAAACACCUGUUACAUGAACUCCGCCUUACAGUGCCUUGUACACAUCCCCGAACUCAACUACUAUUUCCAUCUCAACCUCUUCAAGAAUGACUUGAAUACCCUGAAUCCACUUGGUUGUAAUGGUGAGAUCGCUGCCACAUUCUCCGGAUUGUUGCACAAAUUGUUCGACGUGACAUCGAGCAAUAUGAACUCUAUAACCCCAAGAGACUUCAAAUCUACCAUCGGUAGGUACUCUUCCAUGUUUCAUGGGUAUCAACAACAAGAUUCUCAGGAGUUCACAAGCUGGCUUCUCGAUACUCUUCACGAGGAUCUUAAUCGUAUCCAAAACAAGCCAUAUUUAGAAAAGCCCGAGUUGAAGGACGACGAGACCGAGAGCUUAGAAGCAUUGGCAAGAGUUGCAAACGUCUGUUGGGACCAACAUAAAAUGAGAAAUGACUCGGUCAUAGUCGAUCUAUUCACCGGUCUCUACCAAUCGACGCUUGUUUGUCCUACUUGCAAUAAAAAGUCUGUCACUUUUGAUCCUUUCAACGAUUUGACGCUCCCCUUACCACUAAGCACAAAGUGGUACCACACAAUCACUAUCAUCGACUUGAGAGAAGGAGAAGAUAUCAUUCCAUUGAAUAAACUUGAAGUCGAAUUACUGAAAUCUUCCAACUUGAAUGACUUGAUUGAUUAUUUGAGUGCAUUUCUCAAAGUCGAAAAGAGCAUUCUCUUCCUCUAUGAGAUAUUCAAGGAAUUAUUUUACAAAGACUUCCAAGCAAAGGCAACCGAGUACAAGUUUUUACCCGUCAGCGAGCUCAUUUCCGCUGAAGACAUUAUUUGUGCUUAUAUCAUUCCUCACAACCCAUCAGUUGAUGUUAUAUUACCGGUCUUAAACGUUGUGCCUGAUGCUGAUUCGACGUAUCACUAUUACAGCCCUUUUGCUUUUCCAUUGUUUGUUGUAUUGAGUCCGGCAGAAACAAUGAAUCUGGAGAUAAUCCAAGGAAAAGUUGAGAGUUUGGCAAAAGUUCUUAUGAAAGACAAACCUUCUAAAUCUCUCGAAGCCUCUGAAAUAAGUGAUAAAUUUGACGAGUCAGAGAUAUCUCGUGAUACAGAAGAUUUAGAAAGAUCUGAUAAUAUUGAUGAGGAAAAGGAUUCUUGUGAAAUUGAGCUCACGCAACAGUGUGAAGAUUCUCGUGAAAUUGAGCUCACGCAACAGUGUGAAGAUUCUCGUGAAAUUGAGCUCACGCAACAGUGUGAAGAUUCUCGUUCCUCCACGGAAGCUCAAGGUUUUGAUCUGGAGCAGGUGUCACCUCAACAAGAAGAUUCUGAACGCCUUACUAUUCCUGCCCUCAAAGCCGAGCCUCGAGAAAAUCCCUGCUUCAGUCUCCAUGUCUAUAAUGACGAGCCUAAGGCUCGUAUGGGCUUCAAGUACAGAAACCAAAAAAGGAAGCACACACAAGAGGAUUCUUCUCCAUUCAUACAUAUACCUUCGGAUCGAAUUCCCUUCGGAAACUUGCCAUUGUUGGAAAAGAAAGCAUCAAAUGAUCAUAAAACUUCCACCAGACGCCAAUCGAUCUUCGACCAAGAUGAAAAAGACCUGAUGAUUGUCUCCGAUAACGAAGACACCGACUUCAUUCUCGUCGCAAAAGAGCAAAAUCUCAAAGACUCUGCCAUCAUGUCAACUGAAACAGAUAUGAUUUCUGAAGAUACUCCUGAAGAUGCGACGGUCAAUGUGAGUGCAAGGCUGAGCAGUCAAGGGAAUUACGAAGACAAUCUCCCAGAAAGAUCAGAGACGAGUAGUGUUCCUUUGGUGACGAGGAAACUGUGUCUUGUUGCUGAGUGGUUUCGAGAGGUGUACGAAGAAAACUUUGAAGACCCCGCCUGGGAAGAUAUUCCACAAUUACCUAACCCAGAAUUGGAAGCAAACAAAAGACGCCAAAGAAUCAAAGAAAAGGCUUCACUCUCACUCUAUGAUUGUUUGCGGAAUUUCAGCUCUCCAGAAGUUUUGGACGAGCAAGACCUGUGGUAUUGUCCACGUUGCCAGGAUCAUAAGAGAGCCACUAAGACGAUUCAACUCUGGUCUACUGGGGACAUUCUCACUGUGCAUUUGAAGCGUUUCCAAACCUCUCGUUCUUUCAGCGAUAAAUUGAAUAUGGUCGUCGAUUUCCCAAUUGAAGGUCUUGACAUGUCCGAGUUUGUCAGUUCGAAGCCCGAAGAUGCCAAUCUUGUCUACGAUCUCGUUGCUGUAGACAAUCAUUAUGGUGGCUUAGGAGGCGGGCAUUAUACUGCCUACGCGAAAAACUUCCGUGAUGGAAAGUGGUAUUAUUUCGACGAUAGCAGGGUGUCUGAAGUUGACGAUCCAAAACAAGCUGUCAGUAGUGCAGCUUACUUGUUGUUCUACAGAAAAAGAUCUGCGAAACCUUUUGUUGGUGGCGAAAAGGUAGAAGCCUUAUUGAUGAAAGGUAGAAUCGAAUUUGAUGAAGCCUUGGAGCAGUCAAAAGAUCGGGUGAGACAAUUUUUAGAAGAAACCGAUUCUUACAACAAUCAAGAAGCGCAGAUUUUGUCCAGUGAGAAUGAGCUGAACUUAUCUGACAGCGGGGGCAACUUGAACUUCAAAAGUCUAGAUGAUGACGACUUGUACUCUGAUAUUUUGGCCGAUCCAAAGGACCAUGAACCUCAUAAGAUGGCUUCAAAAAAUAUGCGGUCACCCGCAACAGCUCAAAUUCUGAGUUUUGACAACGAAAAUCAAAGAAAACAAAGGUUGAUCUCGAAGGAUAGCAACGAACCUAGGGCUAUUAACAUCAAUUUAGGACUCUCCUCUUCGGCGUCUAAUCUAGCUUCGCCAGAAGUCUCGUCUGAUGACAACAUUGAACCUUUGGGUGGAUAG